AUGGGGUUUUUCAUUGUGCUUCGGAUGCUGUUGUGUUUUGCCUGUUUCCAUCUUGCUUUUGGCAUCAGAGAUGGGCUAUUGGACAACGGCAAUUUCGAGCUGGCCCCGAAGGCCUCGGACCUGAACAAGACAGUCCUUCUCAGGCCCGACGCCAUACCCAAGUGGCAGACUUCGGGCUUUGUCGAGUACAUAAAAGCGGGCCAGAAGCAGGGGGACAUGCUAUUGGUGGUGCCGGAAGGUUACGCGGCCGUUAGACUAGGAAACGAGGCCUCGAUCAAGCAAUACGUAAAAGUGACCAAAGGAAUGUACUACUCGUUGACUUUUAGUGCGGCCCGAACUUGCGCCCAGGAGGAGAGGGUUAAUGUGUCCGUGGCCCCGGAUUUUGGGGUGCUCCCGAUCCAGACGUUGUAUAGCAGCAGCGGUUGGGACUCGUACGCAUGGGCCUUUCGGGCCGUUUAUGAUGUGGCUGAGAUUGUCAUUCACAAUCCCGGCGUGGAGGAGGACCCUGCCUGUGGCCCGCUCAUUGAUUCGGUUGCUAUUCGGGCUCUGUAUCCUCCAAAGCCCACUAGCGAUAACCUUUUGAAAAACGGAGACUUUGAAGAAGGCGCGUACAUAUUACCGAAUACGAGCUGGGGAGUCCUUAUCCCCCCGAACAUCGAGGACGACAACUCGCCCCUGCCAGCCUGGAUGGUUGAGUCCCUCAAGGCCGUGAAAUACAUCGACUCGGCCCACUUCACAGUCCCACACGGCCAGCGGGCCAUCGAGCUCGUGGGGGGAAAGGAGAGUGCCGUGGCCCAGCACGUACUACCACAUGAGAAGCGACGACUUGGCAUCGCUGUGUGGGCCCGUGGUAGAUGA